CAGGUUAAACAUUUAUUUGCUUAUUCCUUGAGUUUUGAUUUAAUCGCUGUAUUGGAAUGCUUGAAAUCUGGAAACCGUUUCCUUCCUAGUAUCUGCUGCAUUUUCACCUUAAUAACAGUAAUCCAUAGAAAACGUGUAGAAUCGACUCAAAGCGAUUUGACUAUUUGAGUUUUGAGAAAUGAUUUGAAUGGGGACAAACUAUGGAAAUCAAUCUCUGUUUUUCCGGGAAAUAAACGUUACGUGCAAAAAAAUAAAAGAGAAGAUGAUUUAUCGAUCAAAUCGAAUAAAGUGCAAAAACUAAAUAAAAACUAAAUAAAUACAUAACAAAUCAACAUUGUAAGAACGCAAACCUAACUGCUUUUUUUAUUUUGAAAUGGAGGCGGAAGCUAGCGUCAAUGUACUAAUAAUAAUUAGCGGAAGACCUUCCACAACCAACCCUUUUUUUUUUUUUAAAGCCAAAGUUUGUCGGCUGCUUGAAGUCACCGGAAAGCUAAAGAACCUCGGCGAGGGUUCUUGAGAGUUGACCUAGAUGGACUCAUUUACUCGUGCUAAAUAAGAAAGCACGCUAGCUAGCUAUCUAGCUAAGCAAAUAAUCCAUUUAUUUUUGUCCUGCGAAUGAACGGAGGCACGGAGGUGUGGAGAGGAGGAGGAGGAGCGCCGCAAUUAGCGCCCGGGCGUCGGGCCAGCGCAAAGCGACGAAAGUCCAAUCGAGGAGGCUCCGGUGAGGCGGCCGGAGCAGAGCAUGCCUUGUGCCGCUGAGGGCGACCACGAAGACGCGACGCCAUGGCCGCCUGCCGACGGAGGCGAUUCAAACUUUCGCUCAGCGCAGCCGCCGUGCUGGCCUUCCUUUUCGUCUACUGGGGCGACUUUCCGGGACAGCUCGACGCCGACGCCGACGCCGAGCCGGCGGACCUGAAGAGGCCGGUGUACGAGAAGCCCCCGCUGGAGCCGGACGCCCCCGGGGAGCUGGGCCGGGCCGUGGAGUUGACGCUGAGCGCCGACGAGAAGCUCAAGCAGGACGAGAGCAUUUCCAAGCAUCAGGUCAACAUCUACGUCAGCGACAUGAUAUCGCUGCAUCGACGCCUGCCCGAGAGGCGGAACCCGCUCUGCCGCGACGUGCAGUACAACUACCGCUCGCUGCCGACGACCUCGGUGGUGAUCGCCUUCUACAACGAGGCCUGGUCCACGUUGCUCAGGACGGUCCACAGCGUCCUUGAGACGUCGCCCGACAUCCUGCUCAAGGAGGUCGUCCUCGUCGACGACUACAGCGACCGAGAUCAACUCAAGGAGCCGUUGGAGAAGUACCUGUCCGGCUUGCGGAAGGUACGUCUGAUCCGGGCCACCAAGAGGGAGGGCCUGGUGCGCGCCCGCCUGCUGGGGGCGUCCGUCACCACGGGCGACGUGCUGACCUUCCUGGAUUGCCACUGCGAGUGCCACGAAGGUUGGCUGGAGCCGCUUCUCCAAAGGAUCGAGGAGGAGCCGACGGCCGUGGUGUGUCCCGUCAUCGACUCCAUCGAGUGGAACACCUUCAAAUAUUUGGGCCACGCCGGCGAGCCUCAGAUUGGCGGCUUCAACUGGGGGAUGGUCUUUACGUGGCACAAGAUCCCAGAUCACGAGAGGAAACGCCGCCGUUCGCCCAUUGACGUCAUCCGGUCUCCCACUAUGGCCGGGGGUUUGUUUGCCAUCCGCAAAAACUACUUCACCUACUUGGGCACGUACGACGCGGGCAUGGAAGUGUGGGGAGGAGAGAAUCUGGAAUUCUCCUUCCGGAUCUGGCAGUGCGGCGGCAGCCUGGAGGUCCACCCGUGCUCGCACGUGGGCCACGUCUUCCCCAAGAAGGCGCCGUACGAUCGCACCAAGUCGCUGGCCAACAGCGUGCGCGCCGCCGAGGUCUGGCUGGACGAGCAGAAGGAGGUCUACUACAACCGCAACCCCCACGCCCGCGCGGUGGACUUCGGCGACGUGUCGGAGCGCCGUCGGCUGCGCGAGAAGUUGGGCUGCAAAAGCUUCAAGUGGUUCCUGGACAACAUUUACCCCGAGCUCCACGUCCCCGAGGAUCGCCUCGGAUUUUGCGGGAUGCUGAAAAAUGCAGGAAAGGCCAGCUUUUGUUUGGACUACAACCCGGGCGAGGGCAACGACUUUGGCAAAAGAGUCAUUGUGUAUCAGUGCCACGGAAUGGGCCAGAACCAGUUCUUCGAGUACUCGUCGGACGGCGAGCUCCAUUUCAGCAUGAAGGUCUCCAUCGGCUGCGUGGAAGGCGACAACAUCAGCACCUACCUGACGAUGCAGCCGUGCAGAAAACGCGGGGAGCCCGUACUCGCACACCAGAAGUUUCUCCUCAGAGAGGACGGCAGCCUGCUGCACGCGGCCAGCCGGAAGUGCGUGGAAGCGGUGGACGGGACGGACGACGGGGUGCCGGCGCCGUGUCUGCGGCCGUGCACGGGCGGCCCGCGCCAGAAGUGGACCUUUCACGAGCGCCGCUAACGGUACCGGUUCCUACGCUUUGGGCAGCCCAAGCAGGAAGCGUCCCAACUUUUUAUUUUUGAUGAGUGCAGCUGGAUUGGUUAUGACCGGUGUUUUGUGAAGGGGAUGUAUUGCUCUGAUUCGAUUUAAGCAGCCGUAUGGAUUUUGAGAGUUUUUCUGACGAAGAGGAUCUGGAGCGAGCAGCUUUAUUGCUGUUCGCUGUGUGUCCUGCAGAGGGCGCCCACGCUCCUCCCUCUGCUUCUCGUUGGACGGGAAGAAAAUGGGGGCAAGCCUUCAAAUGGGAGUUUUGACACUGAAAGAGAAAACUUUUUUUUUUUGUCACAUGGGGGCUAGUUUACCUUUUGGGUGUGCAGCUUCAAAAGACUUGAAUGAAAGCCAUAUUUUAAAAUCUUAUUUCUUUUUAGUGCUUAUUUUUCUGUUAUCUCUAU